AUUAUCGCUCUCGCACUUGAUAUGGGUGUGUAAAAUCAAGAACCAUGGAGGAGACAAAAGAAAACUAGACCACACAAAUUUCAAUUCACCUUCUGUUACGAAUCCAAAUCCGAAGAAAUGUGUGUUUUGCUCUGAUGCUGGCUAAAAGAUCAUCUAUGUGAUUUUACACGCAUCAGCAGAUGUAUUCAUGCGAGACUACUACGAUGUUGUUAGGUCGCGGAAGUUCUUUUAUCCUUGUCAGAAACUCCAAUUGCCACUUUUUAGUUCCAAAGAAGAAUUAUUUUCUUCGUAACUCAACGAGAUUCCGGUGUAUGCUGGACCAAAUUGUUUCCAAAGUCGCGGUCUCUUCGUCCUUAAGUACGGUAUUGGCCUCAGGAAAUGUAAUCGCUGCCGCUGCCGCUGCUGGGUCCGGUUCUCUACAUGGGGCAGUAACGUCGGCGAUUACCCAAGUCGCAGUCACCGCCGUCGCAAUUGCGUCCGGAGCUUGUUUAUCCACCAAGGUUGAUUUUUUAUGGCCUAAGGUCGAUGAACAACCUGGUUCUUAUAUACUGGAUGGCGUGGAUGUUACCGGGUACCCUGUAUUUAAUGACCCAAAGGUGCAGAAAGCAAUUGCAUUUGCAAGGAAAGCUCAUCAUGGUCAGCUUCGGAAAACAGGAGACCCAUAUUUAACCCACUGUAUUGAUACAGCAAAAAUCUUAGCUGUGUUAGUUCCUUCAACUGGGAAAAAGGCUAUUGAUACUGUCAUUUCUGGCAUACUACAUGAUGUUGUUGAUGAUACAUGUGAAAGCUUGUUCAACAUAGAGAGAGAGUUUGGUGAAGAUAUAGCAAAACUGGUGGCUGGUGUUUCCAGGUUGAGUUAUAUCAAUCAGUUGUUACGAAGACACCGCAGGAUAAAUGUGAAUCAGGCUACCCUUGGCUAUGAGGAGGCAAACAAUUUACGAGUGAUGCUCUUGGGCAUGGUUGAUGAUCCACGUGUGGUGCUCAUCAAGCUUGCAGACCGUCUACACAACAUGAGAACCAUUUAUGCUCUACCCUCGGGCAAGGCUAAAGCUGUAGCACAGGAGACUUUGGUCAUUUGGUGCUCUCUUGCUUCCAGAUUGGGCCUUUGGGCUUUAAAAGCUGAACUCGAAGACCUCUGUUUUGCUGUUCUUCAGCCUCAGAUCUUCCGGCAGAUGCGAUCUGACCUGGCCUCCAUGUGGACACCCAGCAGCAGCAGCAGAGUAGGCAACCUGAGAAGACUAUCAGCCAAAAGCAGCUCAAAUGCAGAACCAAAUCCUGAGUAUGAAGCAUCAACAGAAGAUGUCGUAGUCAGCAUGAAGGAUCUUUUGCAGGCUGUUAUUCCAUUUGAUCUCCUGCUUGAUCGAAGAAAACGUAUUAAUUAUAUUCAAGAUCUAGGGUCUUGCUCAGAGGUCCAAACAAAACCAAAAGUUGUGAGGGAUGCUGGGAUUGCCCUAGCAUCUCUGGUCGUUUGUGAGGAAGAACUGGAACGCGAGUUGUUUAUAUCAACCUCCUAUGUUCCUGGAAUGGAGGUAACCUUAUCUAGCCGCCUUAAAAGUUUGUACAGCAUCUAUAGUAAGAUGAAUCGUAAAGAUGUGAGCAUUGAUAAAGUAUAUGAUGCACGUGCACUGAGAGUAAUUGUUGGAGAUAAAAGUGGAACUUUACAUGGACAAGCUGUCGAGUGUUGCUACAGUCUUCUAAAUAUCAUACACAGGCUUUGGACACCAAUUGAUGGCGAGUUCGACGAUUACAUUGUCAAUCCAAAGUCAAGCGGAUAUCAGUCUCUGCACACUGCAGUGCAUGGUCCAGAAAACUCACCCUUGGAAGUCCAAAUAAGAACUCAGAGCAUGCAUGAAUAUGCUGAGCAUGGAGUUGCUGCUCAUUGGCUUUACAAAGAAGCUGGUAAUAAGUUGCCUGCGAAGAGCAAUGUAAUUGGUUCGGAGAUAACAUCAUCCUCAUAUCUCUCGAAUGACAUGGAAGAUAAAAGUCCAGUUGAAGAUGAUGUGUUUCACAAAUACAGCUCUCUAAAACCAGGACAUCCGGUCCUUAGAGUUGAAGGAAGCCAUUUGCUUGCUGCAGUAAUUGUCAGAGUGGAUGAUGAUGGAAGGGAUCUGCUUGUGGCUGCGAGCUUCGUACUCGCCGCUUCUGAAGCAGUUGCGGACAGAAGAUCUUCUUCUCAAAGAAAGCGGUGGGAAGCUUAUGCAAGAUUGUACAAAAAGGUAUCGGAUGAAUGGUGGUGUGAACCAGGGCAUGGUGAUUGGUGUACCUGCUUGGAGAAGUAUACACUCUGCCGUGAUGGUAUGUACCAUAAGCAAGACCAAUUUAAUCGCCUGCUGCCAACAUUCAUUCAAGUAAUCGAUUUAUCUGAAGCAGAGGAAAACGAAUACUGGAAUGUUGUGUCUGCUGUGUCGGAGGGGAAACAGCUUGAUUCUGUGUCAUUCAACUCUGAGAGGGAGAGGUCAACCUCUGGUUGGUCUACCCCCAUGGAAGCUGGUAUCAACAAUAAGGUGCUCCUGUUGAGGACUAUGCUCCAAUGGGAGGAACAAUUGCGAUCUGAAGCAGGUCUUGAAGAAUCAUCAAAGCUUACUGCUAAUAAGAAUAAGAAUAAGAAUAAGAAUAUGAAUCAGUUUGGGUUUGGAGAAAUAGCAGUUGUGUGCUGGCCUGAUGGUGAGAUCGUGCGGUUGACAAGUGGGAGCACGGCUGCAGAUGCUGCCACCAGGGUUGGACUUGAGGGCAAGCUGGUUUCUGUGAAUGGUCAGGUUGUGUUGCCUAACACAAAGCUUAAAGAUGGUGAUGUUAUUCAAGUUAGAGUCCGCUAAAUCACCAACUCAUGUACAUAAUAAUAUCUGUAAAUGGGCCUGGUCAGGAUCUUUUUGAAUAUAAGCUUGUCCCAUCACCCAUGUACAUAAUCAUAAAACAAUUUUGCGUUCCUUUCGAUUUA